AUGACAGACUCUUUUAGGGGCGGAUCAGGGAAUUUUAAGAGGAACAGCAGUAAUUUUGGGAAGGGAAAUAAUAACCCAGUACGUAAAGGAAGUAAUUGGAAAGGUUUCAAUGGUGGUCGAGGAGGAGGUGGAGGAAGAGGUGGUGGAGGUGGACGAGGCGGAGGAGGUGGAGGAAGAGGCGGAGGAGGCGGAAGAGGUGGUGGAGGUGGACGAGGUGGUGGUGGUGGAAGAGGAAAUAAAGAUAGAAAGAGUUUUAAAAAAGAUAAUAAAUCUGGAAAAGUAAUUGUAGUACCUCAUAGAUUUCCAGGUGUUUAUUUAUUAAAAGGAAAAUCAGAUAUAUUAGUUACGAAAAAUUUAGUUCCUGGAGAAAGUGUAUAUGGUGAAAAAAGAUAUGAAGUAAUGACAGAAGAUGAGAAAAUAGAAUAUAGAGUAUGGAAUCCAUUUAGAUCUAAAUUAGGUGCAUGUUUAAUGGGAGGUGUAGGUAAUAUGCCUAUAAAACCAGGAUGUAAAGUUUUAUAUUUAGGUGCAGCAAAUGGUACUUCUGUUUCUCACGUUUCUGAUAUGGUAGGUGAUGAAGGUGUUGUUUAUGCUGUUGAAUUUUCUCAUAGGUCAGGUAGAGAUUUAACAAAUAUGUCUAAAAAGAGAUCAAAUAUUGUUCCAAUUGUCGAAGAUGCAAGACAACCAACUAAAUAUAGAAUGCUUGUAGAUAUGGUAGAUGUUGUUUUUGCUGAUGUCGCACAACCUGAUCAAGCUCGUAUCGUUGCUAUUAAUGCACAUAUGUUUUUAAAAACAGGAGGAUGGUUUAUUAUUUCUAUUAAAGCUAAUUGUGUUGAUUCCACUGCUAAACCAGAAGUGGUAUUUGCAUCUGAAAUGGAAAAGUUAAAAAAAGAAAAUUGUAAACCCAAAGAAAAAUUAACCCUUGAGCCAUUCCACCGUCAUCAUGCUAUAGUUUUGGGAAUGUAUCGAUAA